AUGAAAUUUUCUUUAGCCACUUGCUAAAACUCCCAUUAGUCCCAUAUGAUGAUGUCUUCCACCAACAACAACAACAUCAAAAACAAAAACCAUAUCUAAAAACUCAAAACCCUCCCUUCUCUUUCACCACCCAUUUUUCCAGAUCAAAAACAGAGUUACAGAUCAAGAAAAAACAGAUCAAAAAUGGAAGAUUUAAUGUCCCAAUUCACCUUCUUAUCAAACCAAGCACUCCAUGACAAGACCUUCGACCCAUCAAACAUCGAAGAUCUAAUGAAACUCUUCGAAAUCGAAGCGUACAGAUCAUGGGCAUCAAUGGAAUUAGAGUUCAACAAUGAAGUUGAAGAUGCAGAAACCGCCAUGGAAGAAGCAGAACAAGAGCUUAACUCUGCAAUGGAAAGUGCCAUGGAAGAGUUUACGAGGUUUACAGAAGGGUUAGAAAAGGAAGCCAUGGAUGAAUAUUAUAGCUUGGUUAAUGUAGGGGAAGCUUCUAGAAGGAUGGGUAAAACAAUGGAGAAAGUUGCUUAUGUUGCUUCUAAGAAGUAUGUUGAAGGUGCUCUUAAUUCUGCUACUAAUUCAAUGAAAUCUGCUUGGAAAGGGAUUUCUUCUCAUAAAGUUCAUCCUUCUUAAUUUUAUUUUAUUUAAUUUUUGAUUAAUUAAUCUUGUUUAAUUACUUUGAUGAUGAUUAAGAUGUUGUUGUACGAAAUUGUAACGAUUAUGAAUAAAUUGUAUGAUUAAGGUGGUGUUUUGUGGUGAA